UUUGUGUAAAACUAAAUCUUUGUGAGAAAUGGAAUUGAAGGUUAUAUUUUGUUGUUUAUUUGUGCUCUUUUCCUUGUGCUUAGCUGAUGAUGUGGAGGUCUCCAUUAACGGAGAAACCGAAAAAGCUAUAACAGAUGAGAACUUUAUAUGUGCAACUUUAGAUUGGUGGCCUGAUACAGAAUGUAACAAUGGCUACUGUUCAUGGAUUAAGUCUAGCAUUCUCAAUAUGGAUUUGAACAAUGAGAUGAUGAUAAAUGCUAUGAAGGCAUUUGACAAUCUGAGAAUCAGAAUCGGAGGUGCAUUGCAAGAUCAGGUUGUUUACAAUAUGGGAUAUUCACUUAACCAAGUGCAAUGCCCUGCUAUGUUCACACCAGGCAGUGGCCUAUUUGGGUACAGUGGAGGUUGUCUCACCCAACAAAGAUGGGAUGAUUUAAAUGCAUUGUUCCAAAAAACAGGAGCUAAAUUGACAUUCGGAUUGAAUGCCCUUGUUGGGAAGGAACACUCUUCAACAGACAAUGCCCUUUGGGUUGGUAAUUGGGACCAAAGAAAUGCCCGUGACCUAAUGGAAUAUUCUAUAUCAAAAGGAUACCAGAUUGAUUCCUAUGAACUUGGAAAUGAUCUAUGUGGUUCCGGGGUUGAAGCAAGAGUGGAUAGUGAUCAAUAUGCAAAAGAUAUGAUUCAGCUCAAGAAGUUGGUGACAGAAUUGUACCCCGAUGCCUCCACAAGGCCAAAGGUGUUAGGCCCUGGUGGCUUUUAUGAUCAAGCUUGGUAUGAUAACUUUCUGCAGAAAACCGGACCCAAUGUCGUGGAUGGUCUGUCCCAUCACAUCUAUAACCUUGGUCCAGGGGGCAAUCCUAACCUUAUCAACUUGGUUCAAGAUCCAAUCUACUUGGACAAUAUUGCUCAGACAUUUGAGGAUGCAGAGAAUUCUGCAAGGGAGUUUGGUGCAUGGUCAGGACCAUGGAUUACCGAAGCCGGUGGAGCUUCUGAGAGUGGUGGUAGAGAUGUUUCUCAUACUUUUGUUGAUGGUUUCUGGUACUUGGACCAACUAGGUAUGUCAUCAAACUACAAUCACAAGGUUUAUUGCAGACAAUCUUUGAUUGGAGGAAACUAUGCCCUUCUCAAUGAACAAUCUAUGUUUCCCAAUCCAGACUAUUAUGGUGCACUUCUUUGGAAUCAACUAAUGGGAAACAAAGUGCUUGCUACCAAACACAGUGGGUCUCCUUUCCUAAGGGCUUAUGCUCAUUGCUCAAAGAAUCAGCCUGGUGUUAGUGUGCUUCUGAUCAACAUGUCCAACUCUACCGCCUUUGAUGUGACUGUUACCGACGACUUCAAUCUGUAUCCUGAUCAGCUCGCUACAAGGAAAAAUGGUCCCAGAUCACAGAGACAAGAGUACCACUUGACUGCAGAAGAUGGUUACAUUCAGAGUGAUGUUGUGCUAUUGAAUGGAGUAACUUUGAGGCCUACAAUUGGAUUCCAAAUCCCAGAAAUGGCUCCAAUGAUAGUCGAUAAUACUGCUCCAAUUAAUGUUGCUCCUGAUUCUAUCGUUUUUGCAGUUUUUCAGGAUUUUAAGGCUUCUGCUUGCAGUGCUUAGGGAGAUUUUUUUAGUUAAUAUUGAUCCAUUUCCUAUGAUUCGUAGGAAAAGUAGCACUUUUGUUGAGCUUUUUUUUUUUUUUUUUCCCCUUCUUUUUUCUUUUUUUUCCCUGUUUUGUUUGUCCUUGUUA